UCUUGUCUCUUCGUAGUUUAAAAAGAGGUUAUGGUAAAAAUAAUAUUACCACGUGUUUAUAUGUAAUAGGAAUUAUUUAACACAAUUAAUUUUUGUAACAAUAAAUAAAAAAAUAGUUAAUAAUUUUCGAAAUAUAAAAAUGGAUUCAGACAACGAUAAUGAAGUAAAUAAAGAAGAAACGAGUGAAGAUAAAAUAAAAAGUUUCCAUGAAUUCGGUCUGGAUGAUAGAAUAUUGAAGGCAAUUGCAAAAUUAGGUUGGUUAGAACCUACAACAAUUCAGGAAACAACGAUCCCUCUCCUCCUCGAAGGCAAAGACGUCUUAAUCCGCGCGCGAACUGGCUCCGGAAAAACUGCAGCCUUUACAAUUCCUCUUGUCCAAAAAAUCCUGAUGAGCAAACCCAAUCAAACUCAUCAGCAAACCAAAGGGCUGAUCCUCGCGCCCUCUAAGGAACUCUGCAAGCAAAUUCACCAGGUUCUGGUCGCGCUUACCAUAAAAUGUUCCCGGGAAAUUCGUUGCAUUGACGUCUCUCCUCAACAGGAGCUCUCGACCCAAAAGCCUCUUCUGGCCGAGCACCCGGACAUCGUGAUCGGGACUCCGGGGCGAGUGUGCCAGCAUCUUAAAGCCGGCAAUCUCAAGCUCAAGGACACACUUGACACCGUGAUAAUCGACGAAGCCGAUCUAAUAUUUUCUUUCGGCUACGAAGAAGAGAUCAAGACGAUUCUCAAGUACUUGCCUACUGUCUACCAAGCAGCUCUAGCAUCAGCGACGCUCUCCGAAGAAGUUACGUCACUUAAAAAAUUAGUUCUGCAUAACCCGGCAAUUUUAAAACUCGAAGAACCUCCACUAGCACCACCUUCACAGUUGGCCCACUACACUCUCGCCGCCGAGGAAAAUGACAAAGCCGCCAUUCUGUACGCACUUUUAAAACUACGUUUGAUUCGCGGCAAAAGUAUCAUAUUUGUCAACACCGUUGACCGCUGCUACAAACUUAAAUUAUUUCUCGAACAGUUCGGUAUUCCCACAUGUGUUUUGAACUCUGAAUUACCAGCAUCCUCUCGCUGUCGUGCAGUGAUGCAGUUCAAUGCUGGUACCUACGACAUCAUAAUCGCAUCUGAUGAGAAAGCUCUCGAGGAACCUCACGUAAUUAAAAAUAAUAAACAGCAGAAGAGUAAAAGGCGUAAAGACAAAGAGUCUGGAGUAGCCCGUGGAAUAGAUUUUCAAUUUGUCGCGAAUGUAAUAAACUUUGAUUUCCCCCAGGACAUUAAUUCGUACGUCCAUCGCGCGGGGCGAACUGCGCGGGGUAAAAAUCAAGGAACGGCGUUGAGUUUCGUGGCGAUACGAGAGCGGGAGAUGCUUGAGGAGGUUGAGAAUCAGCUUAAGGAAACUUAUGGCCGCGAUAAUCUGUUCAAGACUUACCAGUUCAAGCUGGAGGAGGUCGAAGGUUUCAGGUACCGGGCUAAAGAUGCCUGGAAAGCGGUAACGAGAAUCGCAGUAAGGGAAGCGAGGCUUAAAGAAAUAAAACAGGAGGUUUUGACUUGCGAUAAAUUGAAGAGUUACUUUGAGGAUAACCCAAGAGAUUUGCAGACCUUGAGGCAGGACAAAGCCUUACAUACAGUCAAGUUGCAAGCACACUUGAAAGAUGUACCGGAAUACAUCGUGCCCAAGUCGCUGAAGAGGCUGAUAGGCGCCGGCAAGAGGAAGAGGAAGUUUGAUAGAAAUGUUAUGAGCGACUCUGCUACGCCUGCUAAGUCGAAAUAUCAAGCCAGGGCUUCUAACCCUCUGAUUAGUUUAAGUAUUCCUAAAAAAAAAUAAUUUUUUAAUUAACGGUUAAGUUAUUUUGUAAUUAAUCAUUAUUUUUAUUUAAUUGUCUUGUAAAAAUAAAAUUUCAAUUUCAAUUUAA